AUGACAUCUGCCUUAAGAGUCCUGGUAUGCGGUGAUCAUCCGAACCUCAUUCUGUAUACCUCCAGGUUUCAACACGCCAAAAACAUAGAAUUUUUCCUCGUGAACAAUUCAGAAGGUGCUUCCUAUGAACUCAAUUCAUUAAUUUAUGGAACAGAACGCUUUCAGAUACAAAACCAUUUCCAAUCUCUCCUAGAUUUGGUAGAACCCAAUAAUGGGAAUGGAAGCUUGAUAUUCGACUUGGUAAUAAUGAGUACGUCUUCAUUACAAGAAAUCCCACAAGUGUUGAGAGAGUUGAAACCAAUGAUGAAUAAGACUACAAAGAUAUUGUUCGAAAGCAGUGGGUUUGUUUAUUUAGAACCAUUUAUCAAGGCUUCAGUUGAUCUAUCACUAUCGAAUAUUUUCAGCAUUUUUACUGAUUAUGAUAUAAGACGCCUGGAUAACAACUCGUAUAAACAAUGUGCGACCGCAAAUCCUAAAUCUUUUUCCAUCUCGAUCGGUCAAACACCUGCUAUCCAGGAAAAUAAUUAUUCAAGCGAUAUCAUCCCUAUCUUGACUACAUUUCAGAAGCUAUUCCAGAAAUUGUUUCCAAAGGACAUCGUCACUCUUUAUGAUUAUUCUCCUUUGACUUUCUUGACCAAGCAGUGGGAAUUAGCCUUACCUCAAAUAUGUUUCGAUCCUUUAUUAGUCGUAUUAGAAGAGAAGAUUCCAUCGAAUUUAGAUAGUCUCGUUUUGGCCAGGCCUCUAAUCUCUGGAUUAUUGGAUGAAACGCUAUUGUUGAUUAAAAAAAUGGGUGUAACGUUGGACAAUCCGGAUUUCCAGAAUGAGCAAACUAUACUAAAACAUUGGAAGGACAAGUACGAGGGAGAAUGUGACACCCCCACAUUUUUAUUCAAUUUCAUCCACAAAUCGUCAUCUUUGAAUAUUGAUAUGCUAUUACUACAACCCAUACUAUUAGCAGAUGAUUUUGGCAUUAAAACGCCAUAUUUGGAAUGUUUGUUUACAAUGAUGACUCAAUACCAAUUACUAAAUAGGGGUGAUUCUGGAUGGUUUAUCAGAAAAGAUAAUAAUGCAGCACCGAUUCACGUUAAUGGCUUACAAAAUAGCAUCACGCAAAAGGAUGGAAAAAUCAUGCAACUGCAAAAUUUGGAAACAACUUUGAGAAAUCAGAUAAAACAACUGCAAAAUCAGGUGGUGAGUAUGAAGCAGGAACUUUCUUCAGAUAAAUCGAAGCAUGAGCAAGAACUGGAUGUCCUGAGGAAGAAAAUGCAAAUGGAGGACAAUCAAUUAUCUGACCGCAGCCUAUCACAUAUCAGUACUAACGGUAUAUGUAAUUCUGAAAAGAUGGUCAACAAUGACCUGAACUUCGAAAAGGGCGACCACGGUAACAAUAGCAGUGGUAAUGAUAGCAGAAGACAGUCUUUCUUCAACUCGACAUCUGACACAACGUUGCCCAGAGAUGAAACAUCCUUGAAAGAACGUGAGUUAGAAGUGCGAAUGAAGGAGUUAGAACUUCAAGAGCGUGAAUUAGAAUUACAAAGAAAAGCUCUUCAACAACAGCAGCAAUAUCAGCAGAGACAACCUAAACAGACAUACACUGGUCCUCCUGGAACUCCGAUUGCUAGUAAUGGCAACAGCAACAAUAUUAAUAAUAAUAAAGGUUAUAAUCCAAGCAGAAAAUCGUCUUAUAGUCAACCUCAACAUGUGGCUAUGAUGAGCAAUCGAGGUUUACAUGGUCCAAGUCCCUCAAGUCCCAGCCCUGUGCUUUCUGCAAAUAAUUUUGUUGAUCCACUAUCUUCCGGGGCGCCGUACAGUGGCAAUAGUGGUAGGUUCAGCCAACAAAUACCAUCGCAACAGUAUGUGCAUGCUGUUAAACCUACAAGUAGGAAGAACAGAAAUAGUGUUAUGCCUAAUGUAGGUUAUGUUCCUGGACUGGCUAACAACGAGUACGGUAGGAAAUUCAAUGGAAAUACAGUGAAUAAUGGUACGCAAAGUCGCUUGAAUUCACUUUCCAACCAAAGUACGUUCAGAUCUCAACAAGGCCCACCUGCAACACAACAAAAGUCAUUUCAAAACAAUGGUGGCAGUACUAUGAGGACAAAUAGGAUAUCAUCUGCGAAUUUCAGUAAUUCCAAUCAAAAACCGGGGUUUGCUAACUCCAUUUCAAGUCCGAACUUGAACAAUUUUGAGAAUGGUAAUAAUUUACAGAAGAGUAGAAAUUCGGAUUCAGCGCCGUGCGUUAACCAGGUGAACGAUGGUUCUCAACCUCAAUUACAACCUCAGCCUCAGUACAGCACCUCAAAAGUACCCCAAAUCAAUAUCACGCAACCAUCACCAAUACAAACCAAUUUUACUUCAAAUAAUAAUUCUGUGCCUGUGUUGAAAUUUGGGACACCUUCUGAAGAUACAGUCACAACCGCGGCUCCAAACAAUAGUAUAACCACAAUGACAGAUGGAGGUAACAAAGAGGAAGUUAAAGAAAAGAAAAAGAAGAAGUUCAGUUUCUUCGGGAAGAAGAAAAAGUGA